CCCAAGGGGGAGCAGGACAACCACGGGGGCGAUGUUCAUGGAGCACCAAGCCCCCGGGCACCCGUUCCUGCUGCCGGGGUGGCACCAAGGGGCAGGAAUAGCCCCUGCGGCGGCAUUCCCGGCCUCCCGUCCCCUGACGUCGGGAUCGCGGCGCCUCCUCCCGCGUUUCCUCAGGAAGAAACCCAAGGCUGGCGGGAGGAAGAGGCCGCAGCACGGGAGGGACGGACGGGACGGGACGGGACAGGCGGACGCCAGCACUGGGAGCUGCAGGGACUUGGGCCCUGGUGCCCUGGUGGGAUGGGGAGCGCGCGGCACCUCCUCUGCCUCCAUCUGUGGCUGUGGGUGCAGAGCUCCGCGCAGGAGCUCGAUCCCGACGGCAGGAACGUCUGCAGGCUCCCCACCGGCCCCGCGUGCUGUCCCGGCUGGAAGCAGGAAGGGCAGGAAUGCACGGCCGCGCUGUGCGAGGGCGAAGAUGCCUGCGGGGCGGAUGAGGUGUGUGUGAGACCUGGGCUUUGCCUCUGCAAACCCGGCUUCUUCGGAGCAGACUGCAGCUCCCCCUGCCCCGAGCAGUACUGGGGCCCCGACUGCAAGCGGAGCUGCCCGUGUCACCCCAACGGGCGCUGCGAUGCGGCGAGCGGGCGCUGUACCUGCCACCCCAACCACUGGGGUGCCCUGUGCCAGUUCUCCUGCCAAUGCGGUCCCCAUGGGCACUGCGACCCUCUCACCGGCGCCUGCCGCUGCGAGCCGGGCUGGUGGGCACCCACCUGCAAGAAGCAAUGCCAAUGCAACCCCUCCAGCUCCCAGUGCGACCCCGUGAGCGGGCACUGCCGCUGCCUGCCCGGCUGGUGGGGCAGGAGGUGCAGCUUCAAGUGCUCCUGCAACCUCUCGCCCUGCGCCCAGGAGACGGGCAAGUGCGAAUGCAAGGUUGGGUUCUGGGGGCCCGCCUGCCAGCGGCGCUGCGACUGCAUCCACGGCUCCUGCAGCCCCGUCAGCGGGCACUGCAGCUGCAGCCCCGGCUACCAAGGCAGGAGCUGCAGGGAGCCGUGUCCGCCCGGGCAGUACGGGUCUCAGUGCAUGCACAGCUGCGGGCGCUGCGAGCUCGGCCGGCCCUGCUCUGCCGUGGACGGGCUCUGCCCCGCCUGCCAGCCCGGCUGGAACGGGACCCUCUGCCAGCACCGCUGCCCUCCGGGCUCGCACGGACACCGCUGCCUCCUGCGCUGCCCCCGCUGCCGGCAGGGGGAUGCCUGCGACCCGGAGACCGGCGCCUGCCCGCGCUGCGAGCCCGGCUGGACCGGACCCAGCUGCAACAUCUCCUGCCCCGCGGGUACCUUCGGCGAUGGAUGCCGGCUCCUGUGCCCCGAGUGCGUCAGGGGGAGCUGCGAUCCGGUGUCCGGAGCUUGUAUCUGCCAGGCUGGCUACUGGGGAGCCAGCUGCAAUGACACCUGCAUGGAGGGGUAUUACGGAGUGAACUGCUCCUCAUCCUGCCAGUGUUCCCGGGGGACCUGCGACCCUGUGCGAGGCGACUGUGUGCUGAGUUUAAAGGACCACGGAGCUCUUGCAGCCGCCAUCCUCGUCCCCCUCCUGCUGCUGCUGCUCUGCAUCGCCUGCUGCUGCUGCGGAGCUGGUCCAGCAGACGCCAGGGACAGGGCAGCCGUGGCGGAUGACGGCGUGGUGGCCAGGAUGAAGCACCACGUGCGGGGGGUGCUGGCGAACCUCAGCGCGAUGAUGCCCUGCUUCAACCUGGCUGGCUCUAAGCUCCCCAAAGUCACAGUUUCCCACCACGACACAGAGAUCCCCUUCAACCCCAGCUUCAUCGAGCCGCCAUCGGCCGCAUGGGUUUCAGACAGCUCCUUCUCCUCCUUUGACACCGACAACGAGGGACCCGAGUACUCUGUCCCUCCCAGAGAAGGUAUCCCGCUGCUGGGGGGGGCUGAGCUGCAGGAGGGGGUAUCCCCCAUAGGCGAGGUGCUCCCGGAUCCAUCCGCCUUUGAUUCCGAGGAUGUCUCGCAGCCCUUCGCCAUCCCUCGCACCUCCAGCAUCGCCAAGGCCAAGCGCCCCUCCGUAUCCUUUGCCGAGGGGACCAAAUUUGGGAUGAUGGAGACCCCCAGCCCUGGGAGGAAGCCCAAGGCCCCAUGGGGCCCACCCAAGCUGUCCCAACCCCCUGGGGACAAGGAACCUGAGCCCUGCACUGAGCGACCGGGCAGUGAUUGCUACGAGAGCCCUGAUCCCAUCGGCAAGGGGGACGAAAGCCACCGGCCAUCCCCAAGGGCCACCCCAGGAGGACGCCGGCGCGUGGUGUCCAGCACCAGGCACGUGGCACAGAGAGUGGAGGCCCUCGAAGCGGCUGCGAGGUCAGGAAGCUGGGAGGCGAAGGGGAAGGAGCCCAACGUCACCACCAUCUACGUGACGGUGGGAACGGGCGGGCAGGACCCCAAGGCAGAGGGAGGUGGCGAGGGCCCGGUCCAGGCGGUGCUGAAGCGGUUGGGCAGCUUGCAGAGGGGCAAAUGGGCUGCCAAGGAGGAGCCCAAGGUGAGGAAGAGCUUUGAGGUCAUCCAGAAACCACCCCGCCGGGCCCUGGGGCAGCGCAGAGACUCGGUGAAUAGCUGCAAGCAGAGGGAGAGCAUCCCUGGGGCUGCCGCUGAGGCAAGCAGCAAGCAUCAGCCUGGGAAGAGAAAGUCCUUCCUUCUGGCAUCUCCCUCACUGAAGAGCAUCGGGGACCAGGAUGGAGGCUGCGAUGCCGCGGCUGCCACGGAGAGGGGUAAAAGCCCUGAGUUAGUCCUCAGCCUCGAAGCAAAGGGAUUGGCUGCAUCAGAGGAAGAGCCCAAGUACGAGAACGUGAUGAGCAGCGGCACUGAUUCACCCCCCAGCAUCACCGAGGGGCCAGCGGCCACCCCUGCGGCCACCUGAGCCACCACUGCCUGCGCUGGUGGCAUCUCUGAGCCCAGUGUGGGAGCUGAGGGCCCCCUCCGAGCUUGAACUGGAGAAGCAUUGAGCAUUCCCAUUGAUCCCUUUCCUGUUGCUGGGGUGGACCCUUGAAGGGUGAUGUGGUGCGAUGAUGGGUGAUGUGCGAUGGGUGAUGUGAUGCGAUGAUGGGUGAUGUGUGAUGGGUGAUGUGAUGCGAUGAUGGGUGAUGUGUGAUGGCCACAGCAAUGGCAGCCCCAUGGGUUGGUGCUUCAGGGCUGUUUCCUGCUCCCCCCUGUCCUGUGUGCUUCACUUUGGACCUGCCACAACACAGCGAUGCUCUGGAUGCGGCAGUGGCACCUUCUAGUCUCUAUCAGCAUUGGGUUUGGGGGGCACACAUCUUCCUCAUGAAUGACAGUGGGGCUGCUGGGGGUUGCACACAGGUAAAAACCAGUUUCACCCCACUGGCUUCCACCUUUCCCUCUCCCAGCUCCAUAAAGCUGCCUGGAGCCUCUUGCUGUAAAGAUGCUUCUCUUGCUGGGAGGGAUUAUGUUGUGGAGAGGGGCCGGGGGUAGGUGAUGGGCUGUGACAAGCAGCUUCAGUGAGAGCUGAUUAUAGCUGCUUAUCUGGAAGGGUGUCUGGGUCUGCAGGGGUUUAUGUGGGUCUCUCUGGCUGCCUUUAUUCCUACGUACAUGCAUAGCACAUGACAAGGCUCGCAGCGUGGCACGGAGUUUAUCAAUGGCCUUUUAAACUCCAUGCAAUACCAGGCUCCAGUUUUGCAAGAGCAGCUGUGGCACCUGGGCCAUGGCCAUCGACCUGUCCUUGCACAUAGCGCUGAUAAAGACAUGACAUGACAUGCAUGGAAAAUUACAUCGCCACGGGUGCCGUCUCCUCACCAUGGGUGCGUGAGGUGGGAUGGAGGGGCUGUAGCAUCUCCAGCAUGGCCAGAGGAGCUCAGGCAGCACAGAGAGAUGGGCACAAGGGGGGUCAAGAUGCCAGAGAGGGUUUGCAGCAUGAACUGGUUUUAGAUGUAUCUAAGUCCAGAAGUUUCUUGUCCGUUCUGUUACUCACAUGGUGUGGAAGCCUCUAGGUGAAAAUUAAACGUUACCAAAGCCCUUAAGGAGUUGGGUUUCCCAUCCACCCCUAAGAAAUACUGUCUAAAGUGUAGAAACCAUCAAUAGCCUGAAGCUUUCAGUUUGCUGGGUUUGAUAAUGUCCUGUUUCUAUUGAAUUCUGAAGUCUCACCUACGGAGCUGAACCCAGAGCAGUGCUGGAGACCGGAGCAUCCAGAGCACCCACCCUGCAGCCUGUAUCUCCCAUCAUGUGCAGAGCUCUGUGUGAGCCCUGCUCUGGCGCUGCUGAGUUGGGGUUUGGGGCGUUUCAGCAUCAGUGGGGUUUGCUUUUUCCCCGUUGCUUCUCAUGGAUGCUUUUCAUGGAUGCGUCCCCGUGCUCUCGCGGGGAUGAGCAGCAGGGUGCAGCACUCAUUCCUGCAGUGCCAUCACGCACUGCUGUCAUUACAGCACCAAAUAUUGUGGUAUAGGAAUAAACCCGCUCAUCCUGGACCCGCGCACCCUCCU